GAGAAGGAGGAGAAGGAGGAGAAGGAGGAGGAGGAGAGAAACAGACCGCGAUACGACAACCGUGUGCGCGAAAACCGCAGGAGGAGGACGCGGAUUUCUCGCGCGGAGGACAGGAGUCCUCGCGACCGUCGCGUGGUUCGACGACGAGGACGAGGAAGGCGCCGAGCGAGCCGAGGGAAGGCUCGCUCUUUCGGAACGAGGAGAAAGAGGCGGAGAGGAGACCGCGGUAGCGAAGGACGAGUCUGAAAGACGAUCCGGAUGUGGCGAGAUCCACUCGCUUUCCGCUCUCCCGCUCUCCUGCCGAUCGUCACGGUGCGUCGCGCCGCACGACGACGCUGAAUUCGCGAAUGCGGCGCGGGAAAUUUGUUAAUCCGCGAUCGAAAGAGCGCACUGAGACAAUACGGGUAACCACCGCGGCCAGCGUUCGCCGGGGACACGCGGCCGAGCGGAAUUAAAAGUGCGUUUAAAAAGGUUAGCGGGAUAAAAAAGGCGCGCGCGCGAAAGGAUAAGAGAAAGGAAUAGGAGCCACCUCCGAGUCCUUGAGAGUACCCAACGGGUAAAAGUGCCGCGCGCAGAGCCAGCCGGUUGACCCUGGGCAGUCAACGGAGCAGACCCCGUUGAGGAAAAAAAAAAUUCUCCGUCGUCACCGUCGUCAUCGUCAUCGUCGCCCUUUUAUUUAUCAUUGUCGCGGACAUCAUCAACGCCACGGCAUAUCUUCUCGCGUCGAAUUUAGGUGAAUCUAAAUCGAGGAGGCGCGCCGUACCCAGUGCGCGUGUUUGCGUGUCGCGAGACAAAACCACGUGUGUGACAUCGCGAAGAGCAGCGAGACGAAACCUCGACGACGGGGAGGAUCGUGAAGAACCACUGAUCGCGCGUAACGACGUCCUCGAAGAGCGGAGGAUCCUCUACUCUUGUCCGGCCGGCGUCGAGGAUAUCCCUCGUGCGCGAUCGCGAUGUCCGCGAGUGUCAAGUGAUACAAAGUGCCGGUCUAUCUCGGGUUCGCCGCGAGCGGGUUUCCUCGUGCACGUUUCUCUCGUUCGACGUUACCUACUACUACUGAUCUGUUCCUCUCGUGCCCAGUGGUGGUGAUCCAUACCGUGGAAUAUCAAUGUACGUCACGUGCCCGCAGCGUCGACCACGUCGCCGAUGUCACGGGAUCUUGGCUCGUCGUCGCCGGCUCGCGAAGGGAAUGUUUUUCACGUGACUCGACGAGAUAGUCCCGUGGGAUAUAUACCGCAUCGUGUUGCUCACCCUGGAUACCGUCAACCAUCACACGUUGGACAGCGAGCGCAGUAGUAGAAAAAGCGCAAGACGAUGUAUUCUGACGGUCUCCUGACGCUCCAUUAUGGGAAACAUCCAGCGACCUUGGCCGCAGAGGUCGGGGCCUGGUACAGCGGGGACCGUCACGUGGACGUGACCCUGGCGUGCGACGAUGGGUCUGUCGUAAAGGCCCAUCGCGUCGUUUUGGCAGCCGCCAGUCCCCUCUUAGCUAGUCUACUUCGGAACCCUGCCCUGGAUCAUGUGGUUCACUUAUCAGGCGUCCGAAAGACUCAAUUAAAUCAUUUACUGGAGUUUUUAUAUAACGGAGAGGCAUUGAUACCGUCGACAGAACUUACACCGUUGAGGGAGCUCUUUGAGCUUCUACAAAUUAAGUCAGAGCUAUUUGAGCCCAAUCAACCUCAAAGUAGUAGUAACUCUGACCCCGAAAGAAUAUCAACUCCACAGCCCUCAGAAGGCCAGGAGAGUUCCAGUUACGAAUCCCAGUACGAUGGCAGACAGUCCAAUAAUCCGGCGGACGUUUGUUCAGUCCUCAUUAAAACGGAAGGUUGCGAAGAUGAACCGGAAGUGGAUGUGGAAGGUGUGGAAGGCGAAAGCCUUCUUUCGGAUAACAGAGAAAGCAGCAUAGAACCUCCUAGGAGAAGGGAUAGUUCUGAUCCUGUUAAUCUGAGUCUCAAUUCCGGCACUUCCGUCACAAGUGACAGUUCGCACGAUAUAAUACACAGCAGGCCUGAAAAGCCGAUAUUUGAGAGGCGAGAAUCUCUCGAGGAAGUCGAAGAGAGGAAGAGGCAGUUGGCGGCACGGUUAGCGUUAGGUUUAGAAUCCGAGAAAAGAAAACUCGAGGAAUUACCAAACCUGCCACCUGCGGAGGCGUACGUCGUGACGCCUCAUCGAAAACGAAGGCCAGGCUUCCACAAUGCUCCCGCGCAAAACCCGGCCUUUGUACCUUUUCAUCCUGGAUUCGAAACGCCCAGGAGAUUGCAGGCUCCACAUCCCAUGAGCGUAUCGGCACCGCCAUAUCUGCAGGAUAGAUCGGCGACCCCGCCAUCGCAUCGACCGCCGAGUGCCGAUCCCGCGUCAGCAGCGACGCUGGAACCACCUUGGACUACUUGGACUCUGCCAAGAGCUCCACCGCCGCCACCGUCAACGGACGCCCCGCCGAAAUCCGCCCCUGUCCGAGAAUAUCGAUGCAGCUAUUGCGGCAAGCAGUUUGGCAUGUCGUGGAAUCUGAAGACUCAUUUGAGAGUGCAUACGGGCGAGAAGCCUUUUGCGUGUAGACUUUGCUUUUCCAUGUUCAAGCAAAAAGCUCAUUUGCUAAAGCAUAUCGGUUCAGUGCAUCGAAGUGCGACAGCAGCUCCCGACGGUACGAUAAUGUGUUGCUUCUGCUCAUCAGCGAAAUUUGUCGAUACACAGGACCUCAACAGGCAUAUCUCGGGGUCGCAUAAUAAUCUGCUGCUCAGCAGGAAUCUACAUCGCGAAUUUACGAAUCACGAAUAGCGACAAAGUCAAAGACCAUUCAGUGCUGAAGAGUGUUCCUCGAGCGCACAAUGACAAGUCCUUUGAAUAGCUUCCGAUCUAAGCAACACUAUUAGGAUCUCGUUAGGAUGUUGCGAUCGAGGCACACAAUUUUUGUUUAGACCAUUUUUUUCAAAUUAUGUUUCUGCAAAAUGAGACAUUUAAAAUUAUCAUCUAAUCUCCGUUGCUUUUCACGAUAUAACAAAAGGGUAUAUCAUUAAAAUUAUCUUUUUCCGCAGUCCUUACCCUUUUUGUCAAAAAUGUGAUGAUAUCUGGGUUUCGUGACUACCAGAGUGUGCGCUUGUAAUAGUUUAUACGGAUGUAUGAGAUCUAUGAUUUAAUACGCUGAUUCUGAACUUCUGAGAAAGGCAAGAUAAAAUCCUCUGCUUUUGAUGUGAUUUGAAUGCACAAUUUCUCUGCAUCACGCAAUCACCACAAAUUAUAAUUAUAAAUACAUAUGUAUAUAAUUAUAUACGUAUUUAUAAUUUAAAAAAUAUUGAU